UGAAUUUACAGUGUUGUCAAUUUUAACUAAACCGUUUCACACGCACAACAUCUGGUACUAGCGAUAAUUAUAUUUGCAAGGUGUAUCUUUCAAUAAGUCAACCGAAGAAAAUUCCAAUAUGAGCGAUACGACAAGACAAGAUCCAAACACAGGUGAUAUUUUAAAUAAAGUUUCGGAUUACUGUGAUCAUCAUGCAGACGAAAAAGUAAUACAAUUUUGCAUUCAACACGAUGUUUUGAUUUGUAAAGAAUGUGCCAGGGAUCACCACAGUGAAUGCGAAUCGAUCAUUUCCAUUAAUUCAGCAAUCAAAGAUGCCAAAUAUGGAAGCGCAUUCACAGACAUUGAAACAAGAAUUGAACAACUGAAUCGAAAAAUAAGAAAUGUUUCAACGAGGCAGACGCAUGACUACAAUUACCUGUCGACUAAGAAAGACAAAAUUAAAAAUAAGAUUUCGACUGUGCGGAAAACGAUAAAUGAUUACCUCGAUAAAAUUGAAAAUGAAACGGAAGACAUUUUAAACGAUAAAAUGAAUGAAUGUAAGGAGAGAAUUGAGCAUGAUAAAGAAAAGAUAAAAGAUAUAGAAAAGCGCCUCAUCAAAAGAUCAGAUGAAAUCAAAUGGCUUAAAGAAAGCGGUACGGACUAUCAAUUCUUAAAAGCAGUGAAAUUUUGGGAUAAAAGCACAAAGAACGACGAGACCGAUAUGCUAGCUUAUAGUCAUAAGGUAAAAUUUAAAUUUAAAUCACAGAUCACAGAAAAAAUAUUGCAUGAUAUACUACCUGAAAUAGGUAAAUUAUCAAUAAAAGUACAAACUUUUAAUUUCGGAAAAGACCAAGUACUGCAAUCGCAGGUUAUUUCAACACCAACCUACAGUUGUAUUACGCAUGAUAAAACUUUCGAAGCAGUCCUGCUCACUGAACGCAUAUUAGUGAAUAGUGGUUGUUUUGUUUCUGCAGAUAUGCUACUGUGCUGUAAUAGUAAUAAGAAAUCACUACAUUAUUUUAAAGAUGAUGGCGUCCAUUUUGGAGUUAUCAAAUUAAAGUAUGAACCGUGUUGUGUAACACUAUACGAUCCUAAUAGAAUUAUUGUUGCAGCCGACAAUCGCGGUUUUCAAAUUAUAUACCUUGACAUUAUGAGUUAUGAACAUGAAAAUGAAUUUAUAAAAACGCCUAGUGGAUUCUGUUGGACUGUAUCUGCCAAUUCUGAAAGAAUUUGUGCAAAUUCGGGAUACACUAAAUUGUUCAUAGUCAACAUUGGUGGAGAAAUUCUGUCUGAAAUUGUCACAACUUUAAAAAUUAAAACUGUCUGUUUAAGUAAUACUGGGACAAUAUAUUGGACAAAUUUCGACAACAACGAAAUACAUACUGUACAACCUGACGGGAAGCAAGAACUAUUCUUUUCCAGUCAUGAAUUAGUGGAUCCAAGAGGUUUAGCUGUUGAUGGCAAAUGUAAUGUUUAUGUUGCCGGAUAUAUGUCGAACAAUAUUUUUAUGAUAUCAAAAGAUAAAAGAAAAGUGAAAGUUAUUUUGAAUUAUAAAGACCAGAUCAAAUCGCCGAUAGAUCUCACAUUUCAUUCAGAAACCAACAGACUGAUGGUGGUGAACGAUCGUUGUAAAUCUGUUAAAAUCUACUUCCUUCCUACGUCCUAGUUAGUUAUAGAAUAAACAAAAAGUGUUAUACGCCAUAUACUUCUUGUGGAAUUUGUCUAGUUUUGCAUCAAACAGUUUUCUUGACAAGUAUAAUAAUAUACACACAUAUCAUUUGGUAAAAUGCAUGUUGCGUAUAAAUAAUUUUAAAUUA